GACUCCUUCUGACUCAUACUGACUCCUUCGGACCCCCGCAGCUGGUUUCUGUUAGAAAGGUGAGCUUCCGGUCCAACAUGUUGGUCUCAGGUGCGAUCUGGUUGCUGCUGAGUCACGUGGCCGCGCACAGCCUUGCCCAGAGGAACUUCAGCAGCAUGUUGGAGCAGCAGGCAAAUCGCACCAUGGAGCUGUCAGAGUGGGAGCAGCGCUGGCAGGAGAAUAGGACUGGCUUCCAUCAGCUGGAGGUCCACAAGAUGCUGCAGAACAACUACGAUAAGGUGGUGAACGGUCGGAGCGGCGUCCGCUUCUUCUUCCCUCUGUGUGGCAAAGCUGUGGACAUGAAGUGGUUGGCGGAUCUGGGUCACUCUGUGGUUGGCGUGGAGAUUUCUGAGAUGGCCAUCAGACAGUUCUUCCAGGAGAACAACCUGACCUACAGCGAGGAAAGUGUUCCCUCCAUCCCUGGGGCCAAACUCUUCCAGAACACGGAGAAGAGCAUCUCCCUGUAUCAGUGCGACCUGUUCAGCUUCUCCAGCUCUGUGGCAGGUCAGUUUGGAGCCAUCUGGGACCGAGGAUCUCUGGUGGCCAUCAACCCAAAGGACCGGGACAGGUAUGCGGCUCUGAUCCUCUCUCUGAUGGCUGCGGACUGCAGAUACCUGCUGGACACCUUCCUGUACAAUCCAGACUUGUAUGAAGGUCCUCCGUUCUUCGUUCCAGAUGAACAGGUCCUCAGUUUGUUCGGGAGCAGCUGCACCGUGGAGCUGCUGCAGUCUGAGGACGCCCUGAACGACAAAUGGAGGAACUGGGGUCUGGACUCCAUGAUCGAGAACGUUCACCUCAUCACCCUCAAGGCUCCAAAAUAAGUGCUGCAGUAUGAAAUAAAAGGCUUUUAACCGGGUUCCUUAGAGCAUCUGGAUUAUUAGUAGAUUAACCCGCAGAUUAAGAGCCAGCAGUUUCAGAACUGGGCUCCGGUUCAAUAAGCAGGUUUAACAAAGUCUGAUUUUAAUCUUCCGCUCUGAAUUAAUCUAGCCUCAGGUUGGAAACUCUGAGUUUUCAGUUUCAUAAAAGUUGCUGUGAAUUAGUUCAGUCAACUCUAAGGUAGUAGGUCCACUUAGAGGCCUUGUUACCAUGACAACAGGCAACAGGAAGUGCC